AUGAUAAAAUUUUCAUCUGUUAAUAAUAUUAAUAAAUUCAUAAGAAUCAUAAACUAUUCAUCAUCAUUUUGUAAAAUAAAACAUUCUUUUUAUUCAACAAAAUCAUCAACAACUUUUAAAGUACCAGCUGGAAUGAUUAUAAAAGGAUUAAAUUUUUAUAAAGAUGGAUCUGACCCUAUAACAAAACUUGAUAAUGAAUAUCCAGAUUGGUUAUGGGAAUUAUUAGAUGAAGAAAUCGUUGAACAAAAAAAUUUGGAAGAUAAUAAAUUUUCUAGAAAAUCACAUCGAAAAGAACGAAGAGAAAAAAUUAAAAAUGAUAAUUUCGAUAGAAAUAGGAGAAAUUAA